GGGCCCGCAUAAGGUGGCUCUCCGCCUCGGUCUGUGCUCCCGGGGUCUGAUGGAAACCUCAAAAACUGUGACAGAAAUUAUGUCCCGAGUUGUAGUAAAAACCUCGCCGUGAAAUCGUCCCAGUGAUUACAGUACGUCGCUGUAGUUAUAAGUCCCCAUGGAUGACCUCACCCAAGCCCUCUCGGCCAGCUUUGCUGUGUCCAAGGAGCCCAACAGUACGGCUGCCCCCCACCCUCGGCUGGCCCAGUACAAGAGCAAGUACAGUGUGCUGGAGCAGAGUGAGCGACGGAGGCGCUUCCUUGACCUGCAGAAAAGUAAAAGGUUAAACUACGUUAACCAUGCGCGGCGUCUGGCGGAUGGGGACUGGACGGAGGCAGACAGCGAUGGGGAGGAGGACAUGGAGAAACAGGAGGAGGGGAAACGCGAGCAAGAUGGCAACACAGAGGAAGAGGGGAUGGAAAUUGAGAGGAGGAAGCUGCCAAAACAUUAUGCAAACCAGCUCAUGCUGUCAGAGUGGCUGGUGGACGUUCCAUCAGAGCUGGACACUGAUUGGCUGAUGGUGAUCUGUCCGGUGGGGAAAAGAUCUCUCAUUGUUGCCUCCAAGGGUUCCACUGCAGCGUACACUAAAAGCGGCUACUGUGUGAACCGUUUCCCCUCCCUGCUGCCCGGUGGGAACCGACACAAUUCUGCCAUGGGAAAAGACUACACAAUCCUGGACUGCAUUUACAGUGAAGUGGACAGAACAUACUACAUCCUGGACAUCAUGUGCUGGAGAGGCCACCCGGUCUAUGACUGCGCAACCGAGUUCCGUUUCUACUGGCUUCAGUCCAAAGUCCAGGAGACGGAGGGCCUAUCAGAGAUCGCCAAACGCAACCCUUUCCGGUUUGUGAGCCUCCAAAGCUCAGACUGCACAGCAGUGUCAAUUCAGAAGGCCCUGGCAGCUGAGUACAGCUUCAGCGUGGAUGGUCUGCUCUUCUACCACCGGCAGACCCACUACACUCCCGGCAGCACCCCUCUAGUGGGCUGGCUUCGCCCCUACAUGGUCACUGACAUCCUUGGUAUGGAGGUUCCGGUAGGACCCCUCACCACCAAGCCUGAGUAUGCCGGCCACCAGCUGCAGCAGAUCCUGGAGCACAAGAAAGCAUCAAGUGAAGUCCGCCCGGCCAACAGAAGCGGAGGCUACGAGUUGGAGUACCUGUCGACACCGAGUCAGGACGGUGCGGAGUCUCUGAACUUUUUGAAUCAAAAGCCAAUAAGGGAAGCAAACAUGGAGAUCUGAGUGGGAGGCUUAACUAGAUGCAAAUUGCUAACUCAGUGUUUCUGAGUGAGGUUGGCCCACAUAUGGCUCAUUAGAAUGUCUGCUGAAUGGAUCUACAGAUCCGACCAAUUGCAGAGCAUGGUUAAUUCUAAUCCGGCACUGCUCAGGAUGCCCUUAGAGUGCAGAUUAGUAGAGCUAUGCUGUGUAUGUGUUUUUAUUUUGGCUAAAAACAUUUACAUCUUUACUUCUACCUGCUGCAGAACUUGGAAACGAUUCAUUUCCUUGAGAAUGGUUGCACAGUAUUUAGCCACUAUAAUUACAAUGUCACACUGUUACGCAGAUGCCUCUCAUAACACCCUAGUCGCAUGCAAUCAAAAAAAGAGGACAAAGGAUGCCUUAUGUGAGAUAAAUUGUGAAGUGCAGCACGCCCAAAUUUGUGGUCAAGUGUUAUUUUGCUGCUCUGUGCUUUGUGCACUUAGAACAGAUCUCACAUAAGUAACAUCUCAUCCUUACUGUUUUCAUGUGUCUGGAGGUUGGUAGGUCAGUGAUGCAUAUUCAUGGAAAAAUGCUGAAUAUUUGAACAAAACGUUAGUUUGGGCAACAGUAAUGGAGAAUUGAGAAAUCACUCAGUGUUUUGGAAGGUGAGAUGUUGCUGACUGGUCAGAUUCUAGCAGUUGUGAUCAUGCUGAACAGCAGGAGUGGCAUAGGCUUUUACAGAUUAAUGAGAAGUUUAAAUUGCUGAAAAGGUGUUUUUAAAAUGUGCGUUUCUAAAUAAAAUUUUUUUAUUGGAUUACA